GCCCCGGGGCGUCCCACCCAGCAGCGGCGGCACCGGGCCCCAGACAUCGGUGACCAUGAGCAGGCGGCUCGCUAUGGAGCUGGAGGAGGUGCGGCGCUGGGGCGGCGUCCGCGACCUGCACUUGGUGGACCGUGACGUGCUGCGCUGGAGGGGACUGCUGCUGCCUAACAAUCCCCCCUACAACGCGGGUGCCUUUCGUUUCGAGCUGGCCUUCUCCCCACAUCACCCCCUUGUGCCUCCUCGUGUCAAGCUUCUCACCAGCAUCCAUCACCCCGGUGUGGGCCGCGAUGGCACCGUGUGUCAGCCCCUCACUUCCCCCGAGAAGUGGGAGCCCAUCACCUGUGCCACGCAUGUGCUGCAGGACCUGCUGCUGCUGCUCGACAACCCCAGCACCGAGCGGGUGCUGCGCCCUGAGCUGGCCCGUGAGCUGAGCAAGAGGCCUGAGGCCUUCCUGCACCAGGCAGAGGAGCACACCCGUCGCUAUGCCGAGCCGCGCCCUGACACCCCCGGGCCCUGAGCCCCCACCUCAGUGCUACUUGUCCUGUACAUAAAGCUCCCACCUCAAUCCCGUGA